AUGUCCCCUUACCCUACCCACUACACAGGAGGUAACAACACAGAAAUGGCGCCAAAUACCAGCGAGAAGCCUGCUGUUGAUUCAGACUACGAACGUGGUGGAGUGUUGACCGAGGACGCCGUCUUCGGUGAGGUCGUUGGCCUUCUCGGAACAGCCGGUCUGAUGAUGAAAACGCAAAUCGGUCUCGGUGUCCUAUCUAUUCCUGCAGUCUUUGAUACUCUUGGUUUGAUUCCUGGAGUGAUAGCUCUCCUCCUUAUCGGUGGCAUCACCCUGUGGUCAAAUUACAUGGUGGGAAUCUUCAAAUUGAAACAUCCAGAGGUCUACGGAAUUGAUGAUGUUGGGCAAUUGCUAUUUGGCCGUAUUGGCAAAGAAUUCUUCGCCGUCGUCUUUGUCUUGUUAUGGGUCUUCAUUGCUGGCGCUGGUAUGCUCAGUGUGUCCAUCGGCCUGAACGCUAUCUCCAUGCAUGGCACAUGCACAGCAGUAUUUGUUGUUGUGGCUUUCAUCAUCGGCUUCGGGCUUGCCAGUGUCUCCACCCUCGAGAAAGUCGGAUGGCUCGCCUGGGUCGGUCUGGCUGGUAUUAUUUCAUCCAUCUUUGUCUUGACCGUCUCCGUCGGUGUUCAAGAUCGUCCCGCCGAAGCACCACAAUUUGGCCCAUGGGAGUCGGACUUUGAGCUUUUCAAGAAGCCACGUUUCUCCAAUGCUGCUGCCGCCCUUGCUUCGCUCGUCUUCGCCUACGCUGGUACUCCUGCCUUCUUCAGUAUCGUCUCUGAGAUGCGCGAUCCCCGCGAUUAUGGCAAGGCGCUGGCCAUCUGCCAAUCAGUUGUCACGAUACUCUACAUUACCAUUGGCAUUGUCGUCUACUACUACUGCGGAUCCUACGUUGCAUCCCCCGCGCUCGGUUCUGCGGGUGUAUUGAUGAAGAGGAUCUGCUAUGGUCUCGCUCUGCCUGGUCUUCUCGUGACUGUCAUGUUGGUCACCCACAUCUCCGCAAAGUAUGUUUUUGUUCGCGUUCUCCGAGGAUCCUACCACUUGAGCCGCAACACUGUCAAGCACUGGGUUGUCUGGCUAAGUCUGACCUUUACCACCGCCUUGGCUGCCUACGUUAUUGCCAGCGCGAUUCCAGUCUUCAACGAGCUCGUAUCGCUCGUUGGCGCAUUGCUAGGAACCCUCAUGUGCUUCCAGCCCAUGGGAUGCAUGUGGUUAUACGACAACUGGACCGCUGGUAAAGUCACGAAGACCCUCAGGUGGCGGCUUAUGGUUGUUUGGAGUAUAUUCGUUAUCAUUUCAGGCUUCUUCCUCAUGAUUUCUGGCACGUAUGGAUCUGUUGUAGCAAUCAUGGACAGUUACAAGGAAAAUGGUGGCACCCGCCCUUGGUCGUGCGAGGAUAACUCGAACUCUGUUCCUCAGUCAUAG